CGCUGUUCUGGUGAUCUACUCUCUGUCUACAUUAUUGGUCGAACUUUGAAUUUUUUCUCUCAUUAGAAUGAUUGGGAAAAAAAAUUGCUUACAUGUCUGGACACUCAUAGAUUUGAAGGCUCAAAUUUCGACGGAAACUGAUUCUUCAAGAAGAAAGUUAGAAAUUUUAUUUGAAUCAAAUGGUACAGUAUGUGCUGCACAGGCAGCUGAAAUAUUAAAAUGUAUAGGAUGUGCUCCACAUAAGAUUCAAGCUAUUAAAAUUUUAGAAUCUAGAUUAGAGUCUAUGACAUGUAAAGAAGCCAAAGAAGUUAUUGGUGCAGUCAGUAUCCAUAAAGAUAAGAUAGACAUUUUAGAAUGUAUCAAAAGAGUUUUAACUGACAAUGAAACUAAAUUAGGUGAAGAAUAUAUUUUAAGUGCUUUCCCGUAUGAACAUGAUAAAAAUCAAGCUCUGAAUGUCUUGAACACUGUCCGAACUGAUAGAUCUGUCAAACUAGCAGCUGGUGGUCACCAAGGUUACGCUGCUCUUGGUGGUUUAUUUACACAAGCUAGACCAUUACAUCCACAUCUUUAUGGUCCAAUUGAAAUUCAAGCUAGGAUGAUGGAGGACAAAAGUAAAGGACUGAUUCCUGCUAGAGCAAGGUCAGACUACAUGAAUUCAACCUAUGCCACAAGCCAUCCACCUAUGCCAUAUAUCAGAGAUAAAACAUACCAAGAGGAGCGUGGUUACCCAGGUAGCUCAGGUUACCCAGCCAACAUAAAUAAUAGUUCUCAUAACUACCCUUCUGGUGCACCUCCAUUACAUAUGAGUGGUGGAUCACCAGCCCCAACUGGCUAUUACACUCUAGAACGAUCUGCUUACGUUCAAAACUAUAGUUAAGCAUACAUUCUUAC